AUGGCGGGUGUCCGGAUACUGACAGUCGGUGUUGUGUCGUCAGCCUACUUGAUACAGCUUAUAUCAGGUACGUGCUCACCAGGAAAGUUUGGUGAAUCCUGCCUCUACACCUGUCACUGUGGAGACUCGUGUAACCAGAAGACUGGAGCUUGUGGAGGCGGCUGUGACGAUGGCUGGGUUGGAGGACAUGGUGCUAACUGUCAGAAAGAAAAUGUUGCCUACAGAAGAACGGCCUCCUCCCCUACUGGGCUGUAUACAGACGCAUGGAGCGCGGACAAAGCUGUAGAUGGGAACAGGGACCAGAACGUGUACAACGGCUCCUGUUUCCACGCAGCUGAUAAUACAUGGGGUUUGUGGAAGGUGGACCUAGGAAAGCAGUACAGGAUACAUGAUGUCAAGAUAUAUCCGCCAUCGCACAAACCAGGAAGAAUCCGGUCUUGUGUGCUCUACUUGAGUAACACGAGCUCCUCCACGGGCCUCCCUUGCUAUGCCUUCCCUUACGACAUCCCUGUCAGUAACGGCGGGAUCUACAGUGCAACAUGUGAUGGCAUUGGAAGAUUUUUCUCGAUAUCAAACACUACACACCUCAAUCUCUGUGAGGUCGAAAUAUAUGUUUGCAGCCCAGGAUUGUUUGGUGAAGCCUGCAAUCAAUAUUGUCACUGCGCUAAGAAGGCGUGUGACCACAUUAGUGGUUUCUGUCCUGGAGACUGCAGACCAGGGUGGCAGGAAGACAGGUGUGAUACAGAAUGUGACGCAAAUCACUAUGGAGUCAACUGUGUGAACACGUGUACUGACAGGAAGUGUUCUGAUGUCAACUCGUCAUGUGAUCGCCGCAGUGGGUCAUGUGACAUGGGAUGUCUUCCUGGCUGGAGAGGUGUGGAUUGUUCACAAGGUACAUGCUGACGUUCAGUUCAAAUUUUUU